UAAAGAGAGCAAAAGCUGCAUUUACGUACAUGUAUAAAGAUUACGCGAAGAUAUCAAUCAGUUGCUGCUUUUUCGCUCACUGCGUACGAUAAUGAAGCAAAACCUCACACCGCUGCGCGCAUGCGAAAGUAGACGCAACACACUCGUAUAAGGGUCCACAUUUGAAUGGCUCAAAACUGUCUUUUUGCAACCAGUCUUCUAUAAAAAUAUAAUAGUCAUCUAACCAUGUGAGUCAUAUAAAAGCCGCGCGAAACAAUUGUCUUAUCAAACUGUAACAGUAGUCGUUUGAAUACGGACGCGCCAUGUAUCGGCUUGUGUGUUUAGUUCUUGUGUGUACAGCAGUAUCACUCCCAACUGAUCGGGAUAUGAGUAAUAGUGUGGAACCUACGAUGGAGACAGCCGCUCGGGCGAUGGGAAAGAACUGUUCCAGCGGGAUCUUCAGUGUCACUUGCUUGAAAAUAGAAGCUAUAUCAGUGCUUGAGAAGCUAAGUUCCAAAGAAGAACUACAACUGCUACCAGGAAUAACUGUCGUUAAGGAACAGAGCGAGAAUGGAAGCAAUGCUAAAGAGUUCGCAGCUGAAUUAGCGAGAGCUAUGCCAACUAAACCUGAUGAGCGAUUAGACAAAUACCUUCUUUACACAUUAGGGAAUUAUUUAGAUACACAUUCAGUGAAGCUAAGGUUGUUAGAUGACAGUGCUAGUGAGGAAGCGAGGGCUAUGAUUGGGGAGGCGAGGAGGAAAGGGGGGCUCGGAGGGGGGAAAAAAGGAGGAAUGGGCGGACUCAUGGCUAUGGCGAUGUUAAUGAAAGGCACCCUCAUGAGCAUCGGUCUCGGCGGUCUCGCGAUGCUGGCCGGCAAAGCUCUGAUGACGGCAAUGAUGUCUCUUCUCCUCUCCGCCAUCAUCGGCAUCAAGUCCCUCUCCUCAGGAGGAAAGUCCACCACCUACGAGAUUGUCUCCAAGCCAGUCUACAGUCACUCUCACAGUCAUUCCACGGCGCACGAGGAUGUCGGCGGCGGUUACGGACAUUCGGGUUAUGGAAGGAAUUUGAAUGUUAGGAAACGUUAGGUAAAAAAAAAAAGUUAAUACGAACGAAUAAUUUAUUGACUAUUUAUUGAUUAGACUAAGACAUGGUUUAAGUUUGCUUAUUUAUAA